AUGGAGCAUCCGAAAGACAUUGAGACUAGACGCAAAAAGGUUGAUCGUCUUAGAGUUUAUAUAUUUCUUGCAAGUUUGGACAAUAAUUUCAAUCAAAUCCGAGGAGAGAUUUUGCGGAUGGAGCCAAAGCCCGAACUUGAGGCAGCAUAUGCACAUAUUAAAAGAGAGAGUAACCGCGAGGGAACCAUGUCUGAAGCUGGUGUAACCUCUGAAGCCACAGCCUUGGCUACUGCGAGGUUCAAACAAUCUCGGCCGAACAACUAUAGUGUCGACCCUACUCGUAAUCGGCCUUCAAUGAAGUGUACCAAAUGUGAUUUAGAUAACCACACAAUUAAGGGCUGUUAUGAGAUCAUUGGUUAUCCAGAAGGAUGGGUCCACAAAGGGCGAAAAAAGGAUUCGACCAGAGCCUCAUUUGCAUCCGCUUAG